CGUCACCGAUACGAUCCUAUAUAAGAGUCUCCAGUGCAGCUCCCCCCUCAGUGAGAACAGAACAGGUGAGAGCCAGGCAUGGAAGGGGUUAAUAAUACCAUUACUGAGAGCAGCCUGGCAUGGGAGGGGUUAAUAAUACCAUUACUGAGAGCAGCCUGGCAUGGAGGGGGUUAAUAAUACCAUUACUGAGAGCAGCCUGGCAUGGGAGGGGUUAAUAAUACCAUUACUGGGAGCAGGCUGGCAUGGAAAGGGUUAAUAAUACCAUUACUGAGAGCAGCCUGGCAUGGAGGGGGUUAAUAAUACCAUUACUGAGAGCAGCCUGGCACGGGAGGGGUUAAUAAUACCAUUACUGAGAGCAGGCUGGCAUGGAAAGGGUUAAUAAUACCAUUACUGAGAGCAGCCUGGCACGGAGGGGGUUAAUAAUACCAUUACUGAGAGCAGGCUGGCAUGGAAAGGGUUAAUAAUACCAUUACCGAGAGCAGGCUGGCAUGGAAAGGGUUAAUAAUACCAUUACUGAGAGCAGCCUGGCAUGGGAGGGGUUAAUAAUACCAUUACUGAGAGCAGCCAGGCAUGGAGGGGGUUAAUAAUACCAUUACUGAGAGCAGCCUGGCAUGGAAGGGGUUAAUAAUACCAUUACUGAGAGCAGGCUGGCAUGGGAGGGGUUAAUAAUACCAUUACUGAGAGCAGGCUGGCAUGGGAGGGGUUAAUAAUACCAUUACUGAGAGCAGCCUGGCAUGGGAGGGGUUAAUAAUACCAUUACUGAGAGCAGCCAGGCAUGGAGGGGGUUAAUAAUACCAUUACUGAGAGCAGCCUGGCAUGGAAGGGGUUUAAUAAUACCAUUACUGAGAGCAGGCUGGCAUGGAAAGGGUUAAUAAUACCAUUACUGAGAGCAGCCUGGCACGGAGGGGGUUAAUAAUACCAUUACUGAGAGCAGGCUGGCAUGGAAAGGGUUAAUAAUACCAUUACCGAGAGCAGGCUGGCAUGGAAAGGGUUAAUAAUACCAUUACUGAGAGCAGCCUGGCAUGGGAGGGGUUAAUAAUACCAUUACUGAGAGCAGCCUGGCAUGGAGGGGGUUAAUAAUACCAUUACUGAGAGCAGCCUGGCAUGGAAGGGGUUAAUAAUACCAUUACUGAGAGCAGGCUGGCAUGGGAGGGGUUAAUAAUACCAUUACUGAGAGCAGGCUGGCAUGGGAGGGGUUAAUAAUACCAUUACUGAGAGCAGCCUGGCAUGGGAGGGGUUAAUAAUACCAUUACUGAGAGCAGCCAGGCAUGGAGGGGGUUAAUAAUACCAUUACUGAGAGCAGCCUGGCAUGGAAGGGGUUAAUAAUACCAUUACUGAGAGCAGGCUGGCAUGGGAGGGGUUAAUAAUACCAUUACUGAGAGCAGGCUGGCAUGGGAGGGGUUAAUACCAUUACUGAGAGCAGCCUGGCAUGGGAGGGGUUAAUAAUACCAUUACUGAGAGCAGCCUGGCAUGGAAGGGGUUAAUAAUACCAUUACUGAGAGCAGGCUGGCAUGGAAGGGGUUAAUAAUACCAUUACUGAGAGCAGGCUGGCAUGGGAGGGGUUAAUAAUACCAUUACUGAGAGCAGCCUGGCAUGGGAGGGGUUAAUAAUACCAUUACUGAGAGCAGGCUGGCAUGGAGGGGGUUAAUAAUACCAUUACUGAGAGCAGCCUGGCAUUGAGGGGGUUAAUAAUACCAUUACUGAGAGCAGCAAGGCAUGGAAGGGGUUAAUAAUACCAUUACUGAGAGCAGCCAGGCAUGGAGGGGGUUAAUAAUACCAUUACUGAGAGCAGCCUGGCAUGGAGGGGGUUAAUAAUACCAUUACUGAGAGCAGCCUGGCAUUGAGGGGGUUAAUAAUACCAUUACUGAGAGCAGCAAGGCAUGGAAGGGGUUAAUAAUACCAUUACUGAGAGCAGCAAGGCAUGGAGGGGGUUAAUAAUACCAUUACUGAAAGGAGCCAGGCAUGGAGGGGGUUAAUAAUACCAUUACUGAGAGCAGCCAGGCAUGGAGGGGGUUAAUAAUACCAUUACUGAGAGCAGCCAGGCAUGGAGGGGGUUAAUAAUACCAUUACUGAGAGCAGGCUGGCAUGGGAGGGGUUAAUAAUACCAUUACUGAGAGCAGCCUGGCAUGGGAGGGGUUAAUAAUACCAUUACUGAGAGCAGGCUGGCAUUGAAGGGGUUAAUAAUACCAUUACUGAGAGCAGCCAGGCAUGGAGGGGGUUAAUAAUACCAUUACUGAGAGCAGCCAGGCAUGGAGGGGGUUAAUAAUACCAUUACUGAGAGCAGCCAGGCAUGGAGGGGGUUAAUAAUACCAUUACUGAGAGCAGCCCGGCAUGGAGGGGGUUAAUAAUACCAUUACUGAGAGCAGCCAGGCAUGGAGGGGGUUAAUAAUACCAUUACUGAGAGCAGCCUGGCAUGGAGGGGGUUAAUAAUACCAUUACUGAGAGCAGCAAGGCAUGGAAGGGGUUAAUAAUACCAUUACUGAGAGCAGGCUGGCAUGGGAGGGGUUAAUAAUACCAUUACUGGGAGCAGCCUGGCAUGGAAGGGGUUAAUAAUACCAUUACUGAGAGCAGCCAGGCAUGGAAGGGGAUAAUAAUACCAUUACUGAGUGCAGCCUGGCAUGGAAGGGGUUAAUACCAUUACUGAGAGCAGCAAGGCAUGGAAGGGGUUAAUAAUACCAUUACUGAGAGCCGUAUGGCAUGGAAGGGGUUAAUAAUACCAUUACUGAGAGCAGCCAGGCAUGGAAGGGGUUAAUACCAUUACUGAGAGCCGUAUGGCAUGGAAGGGGUUAAUAAUACCAUUACUAAGAGCAGACUGGCACGGAAGGGGUUAAUAAUACCAUUACUGAGAGCAGCCAGGCACGGAAGGGGUUAAUACCAUUACUGAGAGCAGCCAGGCACGGAAGGGCUUAAUAAUACCAUUGAGAGCAGACUGGCAUGGAAGGGGUUAAUAAUUCUAUUACUGGGAGCAGCCGGGCAUGGAAGGGCUAAUAAUACCAUUACUGAGAGCAGCCGGGCAUGUAAGGGGUUAAUGAGACCAUUACAGGGAGCGGCCAGCCGUGUAAGGGGUUAAUACUGUGUAUUAUACUAUGACAGGGAGCAGCCAGGUGUGUAAGGGAUUAAUACACUAUUAUACUAUUACAGAGAGCGGCAAGGAAUGUAAGUGGUUAAUACUGUGUAUUAUACUAUUACAGAGAGCGGCCAGGCGUGUAAGGGGUUAAUACUGCGUAUUAUACCAUUACAGAGAGCGGCCAGAAGUGUAAGGUGUUAAUACUGCGUGUUAUACCAUUACAGAGAGCGGCCAGACGUGUAAGGGGUUAAUACUGCGUAUUAUACUAUUACAGAGAGCGGCCAGGCAUGUAAGGGGUUAAUACGGUGUAUUAUACUAUUACAGAGAUGGGCUAGGCGUGUAAAGGGUUAUUACUGUGUAUUAUACGGUUAUCUGCUGAAACAUAACGUUUAUCUAAAAAUAUAUAAAAAUGGCAGCAAACUUUAUCCAAAGUAAUUGAAAUAAGGUGACAUUCCCAGCCACCUCGCUGCAGGGUAUCCAGCCUUGGGCCACUCACCUGUCGGAGCAAUAGUGAUCACGUUCCUCGCGUGUACUUACUGUGUGACCUACCUGUGCGGAGUGAUGGAGGCUCCCCACUGUAUAGACCCCAGAGACUGGCAGUGGGCGCUGGGGGCUUCUAGAUAGUUACAUUCAGAUUUUAUAUCGUAAUAAAUGCUCAAAUAACCAUAUCUGGCCCCCGGGAGGUUUUAUAACCAGGAUAUUCAGUAAACCUGGGCUGUUAGGAUGUCACCAGGGAAAAUAGCCGAUCUCCAAACACUGUGGAGAAAUUAUAGGGUUCUAUUAUUCUGGCCUAAUGUGUUCCUGCUAGGUUUAUUCACUAGAAGUCAAGUUGCACAAUUUGCUAUUUAUACCUAAAAGGUUGUUUUUAUUAUCCAUAAAUCUGUGCUUUCUGGCCCAUAGUCACCCAUCGUUCUCACAAGGUUAUUGCGCUACGCACUCUCUCUGCAUGUCGGCAAUGACUGCACCAACAUUAAACAUUAUGGCAGCCCCUGCUCCAAUCCAUCAAAUGGGAGCUCAGCAUGCGCACCCUCAGUCUCCCUCAUAGACCCCACAUCCUGCUCUGCAUGGAGGGAAGGGACCAGCCUCUCUGUAGUCGCCCCUGUCAGCUUGUACACGAGUUUAAUUGGUCUCUUCAUGAAUUAAACUAUUCAUUCUGAGACGUGUCCCAUAAACCGUUCGAUCAGGAGUUUAUAGAACUGGCUGAAAAUGAACACCGUGACCGCGUGGCUACAGGAAGCUGAAUGCCGUCCUUACAAUUACUUUUUAUACUUUUUAUAGGUACAGUAUGAUCAUUUAACCCAUUAAGGACCAAACUUCUGGAAUAAAAGGGAAUUAUGACAUGGAACACAUGUCGUGUCCUUAAGGGGUUAAAUUGGGAUACCCAUUAGCCAUUCAAACUAAUCCGUUAAUUUGGCUACUGGAAAAGUGUAAAUGUGACUUUUAUAAUCCACUGAUGAAGGUAAGUAAAAAUAGCGUUUAGAAAUUCUUAUUGAUUGCACAUUGAAGAGAGAUACGCUGAGAACCCCUGCUUAGUGUGUACAUUACUCACUGUAGAAGCUGCAAACACUGCAUAUGCAGCAAACCUCAUAACUGCUAUAACGAGCGCUAUAAGUGCUAUAAUAAUGUGGUGUGUUUUUUUUUUUUAACAUUAAUGCUUUUCAUGGUAGCCACCUCCAGCCUGGAAUGUCCCUUUAAACCGUAGAUCGAAAAUGUGGUUAUUGUGCAAAGUCACGGGAGUGUCAUCCCCCUCUUGUCAAUCUAAGACCUCAAUUUUAAUAUUCUAUUUCGAUUUAAUAUAAACUUUUCGAAUUUAAUGUUUUUAUAGAUUUUUUCAAUAUAUUAAUGUCAAAAUAUCAUAUAAAAUAUAUCAAAAUAUUACAAAAGUAAAAUAUUUCAUUAUAAUAAUUUUAAAAGUUUCUUAUAUAAAUGAAAUAAUUUCAAACGAUUAUCCAGCAAUAUUAAAUGGAGGCCCUAAAUUUGGUUUCGUCAAGUGGUUUAACAAACCAGGGCUGUCCCAGCACCUCAACCCAGGCUGUUCACCUUCUGCUUCUUUGAUGGUGAGCGUCCUGUUACCCGUCCAUCCUUGCAUGGCGAUGACGGGCUGUGGAGUUUGACAGAAAUGAUGGCGGCAUCCACAGUGUCUGUCACUCACUCACUGUGAGCUGCGUGCGCGGAGCCGUGCCCUGAUUUUCUGAUUGUGUUCGGUGCUGACCCGUGUUCGGUAUUGACCCUCCUUGUUAAUGGCUUUCCUCUUUCUUUACAGCCGAUCCUGCUCUACAAUGCCCCCGUCCUGGAUCGUCGUGCUUAUUGCCCUUCUUUUGCAGCCGCAAUGUGCCAGGGCGUUUUUUGGCUGGUUUUCACGGAAAUCGUCCUCAAGCCGAUCCCCUGGAGCGCACGAGGAGCCCACUCAGUCUUCUGAUCCCGGGGCCCUCCCCAGCGCCCCCUUUGAAAUGACCACAGUGGAUGAAAAGUUCCUGGCGGAGGCGAGACAUCUGGAGCUCUCACCGUUGGACAGCUGCCAUUACAAGGUAUGGCAUGGGCCUGGAAGGGUUAAACAGGUAACUUUAAUUUCCCCUUUACCGCGUUCCAAAGAAAUAUUCGGCUAAUUUGAUGAGAUUUCUAUAUAAACUGCUGACAGUGAAUUGUAGCGAAUUGAAAGCCAAAUUGCAUAUUUCAGGAUAAAAUAGCUGACUCCGAAAAAUGAUCCAUCUCUGCUUGAGUUGCACCUUAUUUUGGUUUUAAAUUUUGCACUUCAGUUUUCAACCUAGAACCAUUUGCAGCUUAGUGAAUAAAGAACUUGGUUUAACUAUUAAAUUACCCCUGUGCAUGCGCCAGCUAUUUAACCUUUCCCUGUUUCCUAUGUUCUGUGCUGCCCCCCUGAGGUCAAAACAUGCAAAGCAAACGCCACAUUUGGCAUCAUUACCAUAAAGUAGUUAUAGGACAAGCUUAGCUUUAUGGUUCAUCGCAUUGGUAUCUGAAUCACUUCCUGGUCUGGGCAGAGAUUGCUGCAAUUUCCCCAAAACAUUUCUAACUUUAGUUUAGUGUCUUUCUCGCCUAUAUUUUAUUUUUUCAUGACAAUCUAUAUAAUCCAUAAUGAAAGGGCAAUCCCAUUGUGUUCCUUUAAAUGAAACUGUUACUUUAAUGGCAGGUGGUCAGCCAGCUGCGGGCAUCCUGCACGGAGAUGUCUGAAGAAGAAAUCGCCAAGCUUGGGGUAUGUCUCUUGAAUUGCCAGGCGGAGGUGGAGGGGCGCCCGACGUACCCCUGUACGGAAGACAUGGUAAGUUACUGUUUGGCUCUCAGCUUGUAAUAUUGUGUAUCGCUUUAUUUUAUAUGGAUGGCCGUUGCUUUGACUACUUUGUCUAUUAUGUUGGCAUCUGGAUGAUGAGCAUUUUAUUCCCCCCAGCUCUCUGCGUGUAUUGGGACGGAGUAUCUGUGGCUAGGUGGGGGAGGGGGGGCUGUAGCAGUGUAUGGAUUCUGGCAAGGUCGCUAAAGCUGCAUAUCUGACCGAUGGCACUUUAAACCAGGAUGUCUGGGUUAGACUUAAAACAUGCAGCUAUGCAGUGACUGGUUAUGACUUGCUUGCCCUGGUGGUGCUUAUUGUGCCUUGCCUGGAAGAUGUCGCUGGCUUUGCAAGCAUGUCAAACAAGCGGCCCACAAUGCGUAUCUUUGUGGCCCGGCGAGCCGCGAGUUUGACAUGCUUACUAAGGCAGAGUAAGCACCUGCUCUCCCCACUUUGCAGAUACCUACUCUGCUCAAAAUGUAUCCAGCCGGGGUGGAGAGGUCACUGGACACAGCGAGGGAGCUCAGUCUUCCUGCUCCUCACUGCUUGCGUGCUCCUUCUGUAGUGAUGCAGAGGCCAGAAUAUGACUUCAUUCCGCAUCUCUAAACCACGGUGAGGGAGCAUUGAGUCGCAGGUAGGAGACCCUAGAGAGUCCACACCAGCUCCCAAAGGUUGGGAGCAAUAAAUAAAAUGGUGUGGGUGUGUGUUGUGUGUUUUGUGCCAGUGUUAUGGCGGCUGAGGGACAGUGGAGGUGCAUGGAGGCACAAACGCCACGCCACAUUUUGACGAGCCAACGUGCUCCACCUUCACAUGAUUUCAAGGAGUAAGGAGGAACAGCUUUAGCACAGGGCGGACGGGCUUAGGUGUAUACCGGAGGCUGGAGUCGCAUACCAGCAGCAGCAAUGUCAGUGGAGUCUGCUUGUUUGGUAAUAUUUUUUUUAAACAAGGGCUGGGGUUUGGUAGAGGUUUAAGUAUAGUGGGGGGGGGGGGUGUGCUGUGCUGAUUUAGUAUAGUUGGGGGGUGCUGGAUUUAGUAUAGUUGGGGAUUUAGUAUAGUUGGGGGGUGCUGCAUUUAGUAUAGUUGGGGGUGCUGGGAUUUAGUAUAGCAGUAUAGUUGGGGUGCUGGGAUUAGUAUUGGGGGUGCUGGGAUUUAGUAUAGUUGGGGUGCUGGGAUUUAGUAUAGUUGCUGGGAGUUUGGGGUGUGGGAUUUAGUUGGGGGUGCUGGGAUUUAGUAUAGUUGGGGUGCUGCUGGGAUGGUGGUAUAGUUGGGUAGGGUGCUGAUUUAGUAUAUAGUGGGGGUGCUGGGAUUUAGUAUAGUGGGGGGAUGCUGGGAUUUAGUAUAGUGGGGGGAUGCUGGAUUUAGUAUAGUUAGCUAUAGUGGGGGGAUGCUGGGAUAUAGUGGGGAUGCUGGGAUUUAGUAUAGUGAUCCAUCCAUUUAUAAAAACAAAUGUUUGGAAAAGCAAGUAUUACAGUAUUCAGUGUCCUUUAUCUUGCAAUAUUUCAUACAGUCUGAAAUGCUAGUCUAAAAUUAAAAAUUAAAUUUUUUUUGACCUGAAUGUGAUUUAAAUAUAUAAAUAAAAAUGGCCAAAACCCUGCUUAUAGGCAUUUGCAAAUGAAAAUGGCAACAGAAUUAAGUGUCUGCAAUUGAGCAAAAUGCCCACAUACAGUAAAUACAGAUAAAUCAUAUAUUUCUAAAAUAAAGAUAUAUAUAUAUAUAUAUAUAUAUAUAUAUAUAUAUAUAUAUAUAUAUAUAUAUAUAUAUAUAUAUAUAUAUAUAUAUAUAUAUAUAUAUAUACUGCAAUAGCAAUCUUAAUAUCUGGACUGCUAAUGCAAUGCUAAUAGUGAAAUGGUAGACUCCAUUCACUCCUCCACCUCCCUGACUGGUAUGACCCAGUGACACUUCCUGUACUGUUUGAAAGCAGUAACUUUACGUUCAUAUCCGUGACUUUGGACAGAUAAGUCAAUUCCUCUACAGGAUGGUGAUCAUAAAGUAUACAUGCAUGUGAAUGAGGCUUUAUGGACAAGAUUUCGUACUGCAAAAUACAUGAAAAUAAAAAAUGUUUAUAUUAGAUUCUGGUAUUAAAUGGGUUAAAGGGUUACUCCAAGCCCGCUGUAGUGGUCAUGGUGCUAGGAGUGUCCUGGCCUCGUUUCCCCGCUAUUGGGACAAACUGUUUUGUUCGGUUAACCUGCCCGGCGCUGAGGCUGAUCUAUGGCCAGUGAUGUGCUUCUGGCUUCUGCACAGCAUCAGGUGAUCACUCUCUGGCAAAUGGGCUCCUCAAUGAGGCUGCUAGAGGUGGAGAUAGAAAUGUUCAGUAUUUUGUAGCCACAUGCUGCACAUACAGAUUUCAAGUACCAUGACCACUUCAAAUCACUGAAAUGGCUAUAAUACAUGGGGUAUUCCUAUAAUGAAGGCGGACGACUUGGUAUCUGUACUAAGUACGCACAGCACCGGUAUCGUUCGUGCAGUUUUUGCUGGGUCAGGACUGCUGUCACAGGUUUUAUUUAUUAUGUUGAACAGACGCUGGCGGAAUGCACCUCAUCUAUGGAUCCAGACACCUGGAACGCCUAUCAUAUUGUCAGCAACCGUGCGCGCUCUGUGUGCUAUGCCACUCGCCAACUCCACUUCAGACGCCGCACAGAACUUACGGUCAAUACCCUGGUGUCCACCGCCAUGAGCCAGCUCGAAGCCAUGAAAAUACUGAAGGUAAUGGUCUAAUUAGUGACUCUUCAUUAACGGCAUCAUGCCAGAACUGAUUUCUUAUAAUAUUUAGUGAAAUUAAUUGAUGUUUAGUUAAGUGUCUCGAUAUCUUCCUGAUUUCACAGGAUGGACAAGAAGAGCUGAAGGAAUUGACAUCAGAGUCUCUCAAGAAAGUCGUGAGCAGUCAGAAUGAGCUGCUAGACCAACAAGAGAAGCUACAGAGCAACCAGGCCACCAUGGAGACAUCAAUCAAUGGAAACCUGGAGAUGUUGGCAGAUGAGAAGGCCCUUAUAGCCAGUGGUCAUCACUUGGUGGCUCAAAUGAUUGAAGGCAUCACCAAGAAGAUGGGUAGGAGCUGGAUUUUCAUGACCAUAAUCUUCAUGGUUUUUCACAUUAUUAAGGUGGUGGUGUUGCCAGUUAACUUUAAGUGAUAAAUUGUAUUCUAGAGAACGUGAGCACUCAGCUGGUGGUACAGGACUCGGAGCUUCAGGAAGGCCACAAGGCGAUUCUGGCUGAUCUGUCAGAGGUCCGGAGUCGAUCUCAUGAAGUCUACUCCAAAAUUGGUAGGUUCAGUGGCCAUCAUUGCAUUAAUCAAAUUCUCAAAAUGAAAAUUGGACUCCACGUAACUUAAUGUUUUUUUUUUUUUGCUUUUUGUUUUUUGUGAUUGUAAUUGCAUUGUCUCCUAGAUCAGUCCUGCUUAAGUAAUUCUUCCAGAUUUCCUCAAUAACUCACUUUUUGGGCAGCACAUGGAAAACUCUGCCCUAUGGUGUAUAUAGAAUUAAAUGAUGCACAAGGGGCAACUGCUUAAGUAUUUGGGGUCCCACCGCAGUUGCUUCUUGGGGCCCCUUGCAGCUGUUAUAGCAGAUUAGUGGUCAUGGUUUACUCUCGGUUUAGACUUAAAUGUCCCUAGCAGGCUGUACGGUCUGUUCUCUCGGUAAUUCCAGUGUUUUCUGUGUGCAGAGUUUUCCCGGAAGUGGGACCUCACAGACAGACUUGCUCCAGACCUAAGGCAGUUCCUUAGGAUUCCCUCAUUAAUAUUUCUCCCACAUGAUCAGUUUUACACCAGUAUGAGGAAUUGAUGUCACGGUCUCUCCUGUUCCAAGCUCUGACAUUAUCUUCUGAUCUCCUGCAGAGUCGAACUUGGACCUCUUCCUGUCCCACCAGAGCCAGACGGCACUGUAUUAUGACGAGCUCAUGGAGAAGCUGAACAAGAUGAAUAAAAGCCUUGGGAUGGUUCUCUUUGCUAUGGAACACAUGCAGCGGAGCGUGGAUCAGCGCCUCAGCUAUAUCCAGACAUUCAUUGGCUGGGCAGGUACCCACUAGCCGGCAGGCUUUCCCCAAGCACGUUGUAAAACCCCUGUUUGCUUCAUAUUCUACUGAUCGCAUUUCCUUCCAGGUGGAAACAUUACGGCGAUUUACACGUGUGUCCUGCACGGCGCCUAUUUCCUGCUCCUUGCACUUCUCAUGACUUUCCUGCAGACUCCUGGCUUCUCCCGAGCCGUGCUCCUCCUCCUGAUCAUCUGCAAUGCACUCUCUGAGCUUAACCACCAUGUAUCCCUCAGCUUCCGUGCUCUGACUGCCGUCCUGGUGUGCACGGUGACUGGUACGUAGGCACGGUCUGUUCCUUUACCUCCAGCCUGCAAUGCAUCCUGUGGGCAAGCAGGGAGGAGUAGAGACUUCUCAGCCAGUCUUGUUCCCCCAUUAUUAUGGACUUUGGUGCUUAUCACACAAACCCAUAGCCAGGCAUGCACAACCUUGCAUAGUUUAAGGGGCUUUGGUAGACAUUGGCACAUUGCUGCCUCAAUCAAAUACAGGAAGGUGGGAUUCAUGGUUGUUGUGUCCCUUUUACGAUGCAGCAGGUCUGUUGAACAUUUUAUCUUUUAAUCGAAGAUUCUCGUUCCAUAUUUAAGGUGAAUGGAACUCUUUAUAAACAGUGUCUCCGUUUUCCCCUCCCGCUAGCUCACUGGAUGCUGCUAAACUUUCUCCGCUGCAUUGUGAAGUUGAAAAGCAGAAAGACCUGCACCACCCUGCCGCCACCUUGCACUGCUGCCAUCACUGCGUCUGGUAAGGAGGAUAGCCGCUUCCGCUGCUCCACCCCCGAAAGGUAAACAAUCACGCAACUAAAGCAAAGAGUGAACUAUAUCCAGACACUGCAUUCCCAGAAACCAUACAUCUGCUAGCUCAAUGCUCCUUGGGAAAUGAGGUAUACUGAGCUGGGACAGCGCAGACAUGUGUACACAACACACAAGCUCCUCACACCCCAUAUCCUUAUUGUAGUUUAAGCUCAGAUCAGUGCCUGCACUCCCCAAAAUCUCCACUUCAUUUAAUUGUGCUCAGUGAUAAUAAUGGAUGGUAUUUAUGAUCUAUCUCUGGUCAUUGCAGGAAAUUGGGCUCCUACUGAAAACAGGUAAUGGUAGAUAUGGUGAGAAGUUCUGUAGACUGAUGGGAAAGGGCAGUCUGUUUCCU